UUAUUUUCUGUUUUAGAAAAUGGAAGUGUCGUCCAAGUUGGAGAAUUGUUGCCUUGCAAGAUUUGUGGAAGAACAUUCUUUCCAGUAGCGCUGAAAAAACAUGGACCCAUUUGUCAGAAAACUGCCACUAAAAAACGAAAGACUUUUGAUUCAAGCAGACAAAGAGCAGAAGGAACUGAUAUUCCAACAGUAAAACCUCUUAAACCUAGGCCAGAACCACCAAAGAAACCAUCUAACUGGAGAAGGAAACAUGAAGAGUUCAUUGCAACCAUCAGAGCAGCUAAAGGCCUGGAUCAGGCGCUUAAGGAGGGCGGCAAGCUUCCCCCUCCUCCUCCACCGUCUUACGACCCUGAUUAUAUUCAGUGUCCAUAUUGCCAGAGGAGAUUCAAUGAAAAUGCAGCUGAUAGACAUAUAAAUUUCUGUAAAGAACAGGCAGCACGUAUUAGUAAUAAAGGCAAAUUUUCUACUGAUACCAAAGGAAAACCAACUACUAGGACACAGUAUAAACCACCUGCACUUAAAAAGUCAAACUCUCCCGGAGCCACCUCGUCAGGAUCUUCACGAUUACCACAGCCGAGCGGCACUAGCAAAGCUGUUGUAGGUGCGUCUUCGGGCAAAGCGCCUUCCGCCAGCAGCGCCCUGGGAAGCAAACUUCAGGCCUUAUCUCCCUCGCACAAGGCGGCGGCAGCGCCGCAGGCAGCAACUAACAUCAAACCUCGAAAUCCCACACCACCCAGUCUGGCAAGAAAUUCUGCGGCAGGUGUAUUUACAGCCAAAAGAAAAACACAUACUGAGAGCUACAUAGCUAGGCCUGACGGAGACUGUGCGUCUUCCCUGAAUGGUGGGAAUAUGAAAGGCAUCGAAGGGAACUCGUCUGGACACCUACCGAAAUUCUGCCAUGAGUGUGGGACGAAAUACCCCGUGGAGUGGGCCAAGUUCUGCUGCGAAUGUGGCAUUCGAAGAAUGAUCCUGUGAGCAGAAUCUUGAAAGAAAGAGAGCCAGGUUCAGGGUUGUAUGCUUGUUGUUCCUUGGAUAGUUAGAGGACUCCCUGUGGUUCUUCCCUGCUGACACUAUUCAGAAUACUGUUCCCAUAAUCUUGGAGCAUAAUUUUUAGGUUGAGUAAUGUGCGUGUAUAUAUAUGUGUAUGUAGUGUAUAUAGUAAAUACCUGAUAAGCCAGGCUGUGCCACUCUAAGAAAUACUCAUCUGUCAAAAUAAUUUCAAGUGGAGUCAUUAACUUAGGUAUUGUUCUUCUGUUAAAACACACUCCGUGUAUCUUCGGAAAUACUCUAGUGCUUAGCCCUUUCAGCUUUGGGGUCAUCCCAAGUCUGAACACAUGUCGUAUUAAACAUUGCUGUUGUUGGUCAGUAGGAUCAGGGAGCGUCAUAGCUGUUACUCUCUGACACUUGGCAUUUUGUAAUCAAAGAGAACGUUUUAGAUUUUGUUAGUUUAUGGGAAGUCUUUUUCCUGUUGAACUUUUCAACAACUAUAUCUUGCUGAAAAGGAGGGGGAACAAACACAAGGUGUCUGUUGCGUCUAAUUUAGUAGGUUAUUAACUAUAUAAUUAAAAGAGCCUUACUUGUUCUGUGAAAAUGUGAUUAUUCGAUUCUCUUCCGAAAAACAAGACUAAAAGUACGAAUGUUAAUUAUUAGAACUGGUUUUUGUGUGUGUAUUAGUUGAGCAUACGCCAUGUUUCACUUAUAUUCCUAAUUUUUGCUUUUCUUCUUCUUUUCUAUAACUUGUCUGAAGAGUAGUUUUAAUUUUUAAUUUACUAUAUCUUGGCAGUAUUUUAAAAUGUAAUUAUUUAAUAUAAGCUAUACAAAAAACUUUCCUUUUCUUCCUGCUGGGACCUCAAGCAUUCUGGUGCUCUGCCAGUGAGCUCCCUUCCCCAUCCCUUUUUAAUUCACUUUAGACAGACUCUUGCUAAGUUGCCCAGGCCGGCCUCCGACCUGCAGUCCUUCGUCCUCACCCUCCCGAGCAGCUGGGAUUAUAGGUGUGCGCUACUUCACCUGGCAGGAUGCACAAAAUUCUCCGUAAAGUCUUACACACUUAGACGUAUUUUAUUUCUGUGUAGCUAGUUUAUAAGAAAUUCAUGCAUUUUAAAACAAACCACCUCACUUCAGUAACUAAUCAUUGUGGUACUCAUUACUGUUGAGCAUGCAAGGAAAAAGUAUGAGUUGAAGUUCUUUAGAACACAUUUAGACGUAGAUAUGAGUAGGCUAAGAGAAUAUCUAACUUUCCCUACUUAUAUUUCAUCCUUUAGUGUUUAAUGUUGAAACUCCAUUUAUCAGUAAAAACCACUAAAAAUGUAUUAGUUCAAUGAAUAGCUUGCUUAUGUAAUUAAACAAAAAUCUAUAAUUUCUCUUUAACUUGACUAAAAUAGAGCUUUUGAUCAUUGUCACUUUCAGUUUAAUAUAAGUAGCUUUCUUUCAUGGGUUAUCCAGCCACGUUCAGUAACUCUUUAGUAAUUAUAUUCAAUCCAACCUGAGUGAGCUUUAUCUUAUUAUAAAGGUAUAAGCUAAUCUUUUUUAUAAUGUUUUUUAGUUUUUUGUUUAUAAUUGUGAUCAACUAUAAGGACCAGUAUAGAAAUUUGUGGCUUAGAAUUUCAUUUAUCUGAAAUUAAGUUUCUGUUUUUAUUUUUAGUUCAGAAAGAUCUUAUAAACUUAGUGGUAAUAGGAAUUGACAUUUUUACUUCCCUUAUAGUUUCUGUUUUGCUACUGGGAAUCGAACUCAGGACCUUGCGCUUGCCAGGCGGGCGCUUGUGCCUCUGAGCUAUAUUCCUGCCCUUCCCUUGUAGUUUCUUUCCUGAUUUUUCCCUAUUUUUUUCCCAGUUCACCUGUUAUGGUAUAAAACAAUUCCAUGAAUUUAAGUUGUACUUAAUUUAGAGAACUAAUGUACCUGUUAGAUUCCGUUUCAGUCACUUCUGUUCUCUAAUUGUUAUAAAUGCAGGACUUAAAAUAGGACUUAAAAUUGUGUUUUUCUAGGAAUGGAAACUGUUUUCUUUCAAGUAUGUUUCUAAGACCACAUCUCUAUUGUGUCUUUUUCUGCUCAAGGAAAGGGUAGAUGUGUGAGUUUAAUAAAUGGGCACGUUUGUUUUUCACUGAAUGUUUCAGUAGUAAGUGAACAUUACUAUGUAUUACGUGGAAGUGAGUUACUAGGCCGCCAUGCGCCCCCAGAGCCCGGAGGUUAUCAUGGGCGGUGAGGAAGUGGGUGGCGCGGGAGCCGCGCAGCGCGUCCGGCGGCUGUGAGCGGAUGUGACGUUACUGCGUCUUGUCGUCUCACAUUGAUUCGUUGUGCAAUAGUGUUUACACAAUCACUCUAUGCAUUGUUAUUUUAUUUUUAUUUAUUUGCACAAGUAUUUCCAGUAUGGGAGAAUGAAAAAUUAUUAUAAGCUUAAGUUAAAAAUGUAAAGGAAAUCACUUAUGUAUUAUUCUGAAAGUUAGCUUGAAAACGAUUAUUGUGACUACCGUUUUCUGUUCAUUAUGUUUUUAUAUCUUCAUUUUGAAGCAAUUCAAUAAAUGCAUAAAGUGCAAAAAGUC